AAGGCUAUAAAUAUACACCGCCAACUCGUCCAUCGGUUCAGCCGCCAGCGCUUCACCGUGAGGCGGGGGAAAGGGUGGGAAGAGGAAGAAGAGAAGGCGAUCUCUAGGGCUUUCAGAGUUCGCGAUGGUGGUGUUUAGGUUCCAUCAGUAUCAGGUGGUGGGGAGAGCGCUCCCUUCGCCGACCGAUGAGCACCCGAAGAUCUAUCGGAUGAAGCUGUGGGCGACCAACGAGGUCCGUGCCAAAUCCAAGUUUUGGUAUUUCUUGAGGAAGCUCAAGAAAGUUAAGAAGAGCAAUGGACAAGUUCUGGCGAUCAACGAGAUUUUUGAGCGGAAACCGACCAAGAUAAAGAACUAUGGAAUUUGGCUGCGUUAUCAGAGCAGAACAGGCUAUCACAAUAUGUACAAGGAAUUCCGUGACACCACUCUAAAUGGUGCUGUAGAGCAAAUGUACAAUGAGAUGGCUUCUCGUCAUCGGGUAAGGUGUCACUGUAUACAAAUUAUCAAAACAGCCACAAUUCCAGCUAAGCUUUGCAAGAGAGAGAGCACUAAGCAAUUUCAUGAUUCCAAAAUCAAGUUUCCCCUGGUGUUUAAGAUGGUUAGACCGCCAAGCAGGAAGCUGAAAACCACAUAUAAGGCAUCAAGGCCAAACUUGUUUAUGUAAUUCAGCUUAGUUACUAGUUCUCCAUUCUUGAUCUUCUUACAUCGAGGUAGAAGUUCAGAUGAGUCAAAAGUUUAUUCAGUCCUUUUUCUUGAUAGACAACUUAUUUAGCGAACGUUCUCUGAUUUGUCAAAUCUGUGGCUGGAAAUUUUGGUUUACUUUAUUUAAUGAGCUAUUUUUUACUUUUAUAAAGUUUUGUGGUUGGAAGUCCUGGAUAUAACUGCUGAUAUGCAAAGUUUAGCUAGUUUAAUA